CUCGGCGCCUCCUGCGCUCUGCCGUCCUCUGCCGCUGGGUCGCUGGUGAUGCCGAGCGUAGCGGGGCGCUCGUACAUUUCUGCGUGCGGCUACAACCGCAGUUGCCAAGACUGAAUGAGACGGAGGGGAAGGAGCUGGAAACGAGAUGAUGGACGGUCCGAGCGGUUCCUCAUCGGCCGGACAGCUGUAACGUCGGCGGAGACGCGCGUGGAUUUAAUCAAAGGAGGAGGAGGAGGAGGAUGAUGAUGCUCUAAACGCAACCUGCGUGAUUUUCCUCCGGGUUCAGGGCUUCACUUUGUUUGACAUUCAGGCAGCGGCAGAAUGAUCGAGGAAGGCAGCAAACGAGGCAAGGCCAUGGUGGAGAAGAGACAGCUCUUCAUGGAAAUGAGAGCUCAGAACUUUGACGUUAUCAGACUGUCGACUUACAGGACUGCCUGCAAGCUCCGGUUUGUGCAGAAGAGAUGCAACCUUCAUUUGGUGGAUGUCUGGAACAUGAUCGAAGCCUUUCGUGACAACGGGCUCAACACGCUGGACCACAACGCUGAGAUCAAUGUCUCGCGGCUGGAGACUAUUCUGUCUUCCAUCUACUACCAGCUCAACAAGCGGCUGCCCACCACCCACCAGAUCAACGUGGAGCAGUCCAUCGGGCUGCUGCUCAACUUCAUGGUGGCCACAUAUGACAGUGAAAGUCAUGGGAAGCUGACCGUUUUCUCCAUGAAAGCCAUGCUGGCGACGAUGUGUGGAGGCAAAAUUGUGGACAAACUACGCUAUAUUUUCUCGCAGAUCUCAGACUCAAGCGGAGCCAUGGUGUUUGCUAAGUUCGACCAGUUUCUCCGGGAGGUGCUGAAGCUCCCCACGGCUGUGUUCGAGGGCCCCUCAUUCGGAUACACGGAGCAUUCGGUUCGGACGUGCUUCCCCCAGCAGAAGAAGAUCAUGCUGAACACGUUUUUGGAUGUGUUGAUGGCAGAUCCUCCCCCGCAGUGUCUCGUAUGGCUGCCACUCAUGCACCGACUUGCUAAUGUUGAAAAUGUCUUCCAUCCGGUGGAAUGUUCUUAUUGCCGGAGUGAGAGCAUGAUGGGUUUCCGGUAUCGGUGCCAACAGUGCCAUGGCUACCAGCUCUGUCAAAGCUGCUUCUGGCGUGGCCAUGCCAAUGGUCCCCAUAGCAACCAGCACCAGAUGAAGGAGCACUCGUCCUGGAAGUCUCCGGCCAAAAAGCUGAGCCACGCCAUCAGUAAAUCUCUGGGCUGCGUCCCGAUCGGAGAGCCGCCGCAUCCCGUGUUCCCCGAGCAGGCCGAGAGACCGCAGGAACUCACCCACACUGUUCAGCCGAAACCGGUGGCCAACAACAUGAACGACACAAUGCUCAUGUCCUCCGGGGCACCUACUCCUACCAAAAGUGUCUUGGAGAGUCCGAGCCGGCUAGAUGAGGAGCACCGCCUCAUCGCUCGAUACGCCGCCCGCCUGGCAGCCGAGGCGGGAAACUCCACACAACAAUGUCCUCCUACGGAUCUGAGCUUCAACUUCGACGCCAAUAAGCAGCAGAGACAGCUGAUUGCAGAGCUGGAGAACAAAAACAGGGAGAUCCUGCAGGAGAUCCAGAGGCUGCGUCUGGAGCACGAACAGGCCUCUCAGCCGACGCCAGAAAAAGCCCAACAGAACCCAACACUUCUGACUGAACUGCGGCUCCUCAGACACAGGAAGGACGAGCUGGAGAGGCGCAUGUCGGCUUUACAGGAGAGCAGACGGGAGCUGAUGGUGCAGCUGGAGGGACUCAUGAGGCUGCUGAAGGAUGAGGAGCAGAAGCAGGCUUCCCAGUCUGGAGGCUCCCCUCAUUCCUCCCCCAGCCACGGUGCAGGCUGCUCCAUGCCCAUGCCCAUCCGCUCCACCUCAGCCGGGUCCACCCCGACCCACACACCACAGGACUGCCUGGCAGGCGUGGGAGGAGACGUGCUGGAGGCCUUCGCUCAGGGUGUACCUAGAAAUCUUCGGAAUGAUCUUUUAGUUGCUGCUGACUCAAUCACAAACACCAUGUCAUCGCUGGUGAAAGAGCUUCACUCAGUGGAUGACGGGGCCGAGGACGAGGAGACCAACAUGAGGAACGGAGGGGACCGAGGUGAGUUUAGGCACAGCGAGAGUACAGAAGCACUGAGGGAAAGACGACACCAUCCCAUCAUGUAAGGACGUACAGUCAUCACCUGGGAAGAAUCAGUAACAACAACAACAACAGGAACCCCCCUGGCAUUAGCACGUAGAGUAAUGCAUGCUGUAAUCUAACAGGAUUUCACUAUGUGAAAAAAAAAAAAAGUUUCUUCACACCUUGCAGGUAGCAAGAUGUGUCCAAUUAGCAAGUGUGUAUGUUGUCCUGUAAACAAAAAUCUGCUGUUAUUACCCAAUGAUUUCCCUCAUGACGGCUAAGGAAUGGCUUGCUGUGCUUUCUCUCCCAACUGUUCCAUUGCAGCAGAUCAUUCUGUAUAUAAAAUACUGUAAACACAUGGGGAAAAAAGGCCUCCUGUCACCACGCGUUUCCCCCUUAUUGCUUUUUGUAUGAUUAGCGCUAGCAUUUCUUUUAUUUUAUUUUUUUUUUGGUCUGUUUCGAUCUUUUUUUUUUAAUCUUUUUUUUUUUCUUUUGCAUGAAGUUGCACUCAUGUCAGGAUUUAGGUACUGUACCACGCUAUGCCAGCUCUUUGUGGGUUUGUGAUGACAGCCGGGUUGUCAGAAGUGUCCUGCCUCAGAAUUCACGCUGAGUGUGUUUACUGGCACAUCGUAUUCUGGAGCUCAAGUCAGCAGUAGCCGAAAUGUGAUCUGGUCUCAGUCGGAAGGGACUGAAGGAUAUUUUGGGAAAUAAAUUCAUUAGUUUUUUCGCCAAGACUUAUAUGAAAAGAUCAUAGUUAGCUAAGCUUAGACUGGAAGCAGAUGAAUCAGAUAAAACAGGUAAAAUAGGACUUUCCUGAUGGAAAAUAGUCCAGCACUAAAUCCUAAAUUUAGAAGAAUGAAAUAUGUGCGUUUUUACACUUCCCUGCAAAGAGAGAAACAGCUUAACUGGUUCUGUCCAGAAAAAACAGUCUUUAAAGGUUAGUAAUAAUAAAGGAAACCUAAUAAUUGAGUGGUUAAGGCGCAAAUGCCAUCAAUAGUGAGUCCUCGGUUCAAUUUCAACAGCUUUCCUUUCAACAUAAAUGACAACAUUUCUAAAAAAAAAAAUUUGGAGCGAGAUUUUUUAAUAAUGUUGUAUAUAUAGAUAUAUACAGAGCUGCCAAAUGACUAAAUUUAUCUUCUUUUUUUGUAAAUGAAGCUAAGUUCAGGACUGUUUUGCCACACAACGUUUCAUUUACAACCAGAGUUUUAACCAGGCUGGUUUUAAAAGUAGAAAAAGUCUCUCCAGAUCUUGCUGAUGGACACUCACUGAUGUUAUUUUAAGCAAUGGUGUUCGUGCAAACUGUCGGAUCACAGAGGUGCACACAUCUUUUUAUCGUUUCCAAAAAGACUAUGCACGAGGACAACUGUGCUCCCCUGUUACACAAUUUCAAAUAAUGAUAUACAGAGCCCACAAAAAGCUAAAUUUAUCUUCUUUUUUUGUAAAAUAAGUUAUAUACAAGACUGUUUCAGAGUAACAUAACUUAAUAUAAAACCAUAAAUAAAGCCCGGUUGAAUACUUACCUCCCUGCUUUGGGCCGAGUUGAGCAAACAGGUUGUACAGAGUUAUCAUACAGACCUGAAGGCAGCAUCUCAAUAUUAACAAAAACACAAAAAUUUGUAAAAAUAACUAUGCAGAUCCCCCAACAACCUACAUUUUUUCCCUUUUUGUUGUAAAAGAGGUGCACACGUUGUGAUCUUUUUGCAGGGAAAUGAUUUAGAGAGAGGACAACAGCGAUCAUCUGAUGCAAAAGUCAAAGUUAUUGUCCAUUCUUCAAUAUGUACGUGACAUACCAAAGGUCAAAAGGGCCCUACUUCUUGCAACAGUAGACAUUAAAUAAACACUUAGAAUGUAUGAGAUGAAAACAAAUAAUAUAAAUGUAGAAAUAUAUGAAUAAAUAAAUGAAAGUAGAGAUUGAAAAAAGGCAAAAACUACGUGAAAUAAGAACUAGAAAGCAAAAAUCAGCCCCCAAACAACUAUAAUUAUCUUUUUUUUUUGGACUGUUGGACUGUUUCUGGGCGUUUUUAAGGUUGCCACACCUCAUACAAAUCAUAUCAAUCCAUAAAUUUGUCUAUUUUGCUCAUUGACCUCCAUGUUUUCAGCAUUCCUGUCAAUCUCAAAUUGAAUAAAAAAACAGAGAAGUCCCCAAAACUAAUAUACAGAGCUCGCGAGUUAACAAAAUCUAUCUUAUUUUUUCGAAAAAGUGUACAUGCAGGACUGUUUCUGGGUACUUUGAAGGUUGCCACACAACAUAACCUCAUCUAAAAUCAGAUCUUGACCUUCUAGUCUUGGCAAGAAAGCACAUGAAGAUAUUUCUUAAAAUGUUGCACUUUUCCUUUAAUUGUUUAAAGAACUAGUCAUGAAAUUAACUGCAGUCGUCGUCAGGAGAUUCGAAGAAUGCAAUCAGAUGCAAACCUCCAGAAUGCAUCGUGCACGUAAAACGCGCUCGCUGAGUCGCAUUCUAUUCUGCUGCUAACGUGCUCCCAGCGAGCCACCCUUUGCAAAUAAGAGGGCUGUGCGGUUCCAAAAAAAAAAAAAAAAGAAACCGAGGGGCUACUGCAAAACACAGUGUCGUUUCCUCCCAGCGAGAACUUGAAACGGAAGCGGCUGAAGCUCUCGUCGCAGCUCGGUGCCUCCUUCCUAAAGACACUGACCCAAACCUCCGUUGUUUAGGGAAGCAUCUCAGGAUGUUUAGCAGUAGCCAGUAAGGCACUGAGAUGUAGUUUAGAGUUGUACCGUGUGUGAGGACGUGCGGUCGUAGUGAGCCUGUAGGAGAUGCUUCGAUAGCUUUAUUUAGUUCACGGAAGAGUAUCGAUAACGUGCAAUGAAGGUAGGCGCUCAGGGACUGCAGAGCUACUUUAGGGGAAAUACGGUGCAAGAAACCACAGAGUCAGAGGUCAGAGGUCAGCGAUAGUUAAAUAUGAACACAGUAGAUCCACAGUUAUUUACUAUUUCGAUGUGCUUGCUGUAAGAUUUGGUUCCCACAGUCGUUCCCUGAGUCUGUUUCUUUCGUUUUCCAGUGAAACUCUUACAAAAGCGAGCAAAGAAUGUGGAUCCUAAGAGCAGUUUUGGGUGAAGCAUGUAGUUCGUCGGUGUGUGAAUUUGUUGGAAAAAGCAAAGUGAGGAUGUUUAUUCUGAGUCGCAUACAGAUCAGGAUAUAGGUUGACUUUACGUUUCUGUCUUCGGAUUUAGUGUUUUGUCAAAUUAUAACGUGCGACGUCUGGUUUUUCAGUAAAUGCCAACGUGGUGAAGGUGUGGGAGCAGCACGUCCUGGGAAAUCUGAACAGGAAGCGUGAUUUUAUUUCAUUCUAUUUUCAGAUUUGUACAUUCAAGCCUGUCUUAUAAGCUACGUAUAAGGUUUCCACAACCUGUUACACUGUGUCAAGAAAAAGAACAAUUCUAAAUGUGAUGUUUUCAUUCAGUUCUGUCCUGCUCUAUGUUGUUAUUCUUAUGGUUAUUAUGAUCAUUAUGGUUUGCAGUAUUAGUGGAGUACAGUCAUUGUAAUGUCAGAAUUGCAGAUUCACUUGCACACUUGAAUAAUCGCCCAAAUAUAAAUUAUUAUAAAUUGCAGAUGAGUUCUGUGAGCACUGCUGUCGAAAAAAAACAAGAAGUACUGUCUUCCCCUUCAUUUAAAUGCAGCUUUCUUUUCGUUUUCUUUGGGUUUGUGCCUGUAGCUGUUCUGUAAAGUGCUGUUCAAAGUAGCCAUCCAGCAAAUACGACGAUAUCUCAGCCUUUUCUGUCGGAGUUUUUAGUCUCUUUGUGACUUUGUAGAGAUUUUAUUGAUUUAUUUAACGUGUUCCCUAAGUGGAGGGGGGGGACUUAACGCUCAGCCUUUACAUUUGUGCCAAACUGUUUGCGGAGCAUCGUGUGUCCUACAGAAUUACAGGUAUAUAUCAAAGUAUAUCUGCAUUAGUAUGUUGUUGCCCAUAGUUUACUCACAGAAUGCCUGGAGAUGUUUAAUGAUUCCACCCCCCACCCCCCACCCCCCCGCUGCUGGAACCCGCUGGACAUUUAAAUAGUGAAUAAAAGUAGAGAACACAUUCCAGAUUUUGCUGAUAAACAGCCACUGAUGUCAUUUUAUCCAAAGCGGAGGCAAUACUGUAUGUAGACCAAACUCGGGGUCGUACAAAAUAAACACAUCCGCUCCCACAGAGGUGCACAUUGUGAUCCUUUUAUCGUUUGCAGAGAGACAAAUAGGACGACGGCGAUCAGCUCCCCUGAUGUUCUUUAUCUAUGUCUGUGUUCCGUACGGUUCUGCUUCUGGUACACAUUUGUUUCUCAUGUUGAUUUUACAAAAAAAACACAUAGUUUUAUGUCACAAAGCCACUGUCUUUUGUAAAUAAAUCAAAUGUGAGAUAUAUUAAAAAGAUUUAAAAUAUG